UGCCGAGCCGGGGAUCCAAUCCGGAAUGAGCUGGUUCUGGCACUGCUCGAUCGUUGAUGCAAACGUGCCACUCUGUUCUGGAGGUGUGGGAAGAAGGUGUACGCCUGACCUGAAUUUCUUUGCUGACUAAAAUAAAAAGAAAAAAGUUUUUUUUCCUCCUUUGUGCCUUUUGUCGCACAAUCUCAUCGACAAUGGGAAGAAAGAAGGCUGUAGCUGAUGGUGAUGCGAGUGCAGAGCCAAGGCGAAAGUCCCAACGGUUGUCAGAGAAAGAGACGCCACAGAAACCACAGCCAGAAAAGACAAAGGCAGCCCCAAAAGCCAAAAAGGUAAAGGAGGCAAAAAAGGGAAAAGAAGAGAAGAAAGAAGAACCUCAGGCUGAUGACCAGGAAGUCCUUGCUGAAAACGGAGAAGCCAAAUCUGAGGAGGCUGCAGCAGAAGAGGAAAAAAAGGAAGAUGAUGCCGACAAAGACAAGAAAGCAGCAGAGUAGUGCUCCCACUACCUCAUGUUGUUGUAAAAUGCAGAGAAUAUUUUUAUCAGCUAUUUUCUUAAGUCAACAUUGUUUUUAGGAACGUGAUUGCUUUUUUUUUUGUUUGUUUUUAAAUAUAGCUUUCUUUUUUUUCACCUAAAGUUUUUUGUUGUUGUCGGGAUUGGCGAGCAGAUUGUAGCCUCACAUGCAAUCAUGCCUUAUUAGAAACGUGCAAGCUUAUCCCAAGAGAUUUUCUGAGCAUUGCUUACCUGUAUAAGUGAGGAUGAACACCUUAAAGUACAGCGUGUGAUUAAAGCCUCAUAAUUGCAGGGUUGGUUUUUUAAUUUUUUGUGUUUCCACAGGCAGAGGUAGGGUUUACUUUAUUUCACGGUACAGCUGAAAAUCACUGAUGUCAUUGGUGCUCCAGAUGUGUAUUACAGCUUUUACCCGGAUAGGGCGUGUGGUUUGGGGGUUUCUUUACCAAUGUACAGUUUUCUUCUUUUAACAUACCUUUUUGUGGAUGGUAUAAAAUGCCAAAUAAAAUGGGAUUUCUUUAUAGAC